AAAUUAAACGAGGGUUUUUUUUUUGGACUUCAAGUAACAGAACAACGACCAUUCAAAAUUCUCUUCAUUUGUUAUUUCUAGGCUGUUCUAAGUAAAGAUGUCGUUGUGCUUGUCAUCUUCGUCAUCACUCUUCUCCAAAUCCUUCAAUAGCAACACCAAAUCUGUUAUUCCCCGCUUCACAGCUUCUGCCGAUGUUCCAGACUUCCUUUCUGUCGAUUGGUUGGAAUCUCGCAGGAAGAGACCUUUUGGUCCAAGAUUAAGUUUUAGUGCAGAAGAAUCUGUUCAUUACCAACUUGAUGCAUUGAUGUUCAAUGAUCAACCACGUCCAGAUUAUGGGGUCGAAGUCAUGUACAGGUUUGCUGGAUUUGAUCCUUUUGAAAGAUCUCUGUAUUUCGGUCCUUCUUUUGAUUUGGGACAGUUUGAGCGAUUCAGACGAAUUUUCCACCAUUCAACAUAUCGCGUUUUACUAAAUCACAAGGAGAGAAAGAUCUUAAGCACUUUAAAUGUUGAGGAGAAUUGUUACAAGCAGAGGGUUUGGAUACGUGGGGCUCGACCCGAAGAAGAAGAAACAUUUCAGUUUACAAUGGUUCAAAGAGUUGGUGGGUUUUGGGAUGGUUAUUGGCUGACGGAAUCUCUUCUUCAUGAUGGAGAUAGCUUUUCCGGUGGGGUGGCAUACUGAAAAACCACCGUGAAUAGGGUGGUGGAACUUUGUGAAUAAAUGUUUCAACAUUUUCUAUUUUUAUAUGUUUAUAAAUAAAUGUUUAUAAAUAAAUUAUAGGUAACUAGAUUACAUAUAUUUGUUGUCAUUAUCAUGUAUACUUGAUAAUAUAAGCUCAUCUUGUUGCACUAAAUCUUGUUAAUUUAUUAUUAUUAUUAUUUA